UGAUACUAGUAGCUGAUGUGAUAAUGCCCUGAUAACAACACUUAUUUGGUUCACUAAAGCUCUAUAUGAAUCGAGAUAUAUUAUCUGUAACAUUCAUGUAAAAUAUUGAGGUUAUAUAUUGAAGUUUCACAACGAAUCCCUAAGCGGACUAUAGUGAGAAACAUAACAUUGGAAACAAAACGACAAGAUGGAGACCAGAGUUUGCCAUCCAAACAAGCAGACGAAAAGUGACGUCAGUAUCAUCAGUGAAGACUGUGGUUUAUCAGACUUAAAGUUGAUUGUCGAAGAGAUUUGCAUUUCUAUUUCUGUCAUCAACGCAGUAUUGUCAUUGAACAUUUAAAUAUAUUAAUUGAAUGAUGAUGUUCAAAAACUGUCCACGUUCCUCUUAUUUUUUAAAUUUGUUCCAAGUAUCUUUUAUCACCACAUAAUCAAAUCUUUUAGUACAAUCAAUAAAUCUGAUACUUUUCUUUUUUGUAAUAAGACCAUAAAAUACAUGACUAUAUCAUGUGUUUAUUUUUUUUACGAAAUCAAGCUUUCGUUUCAAUAUAUGCAUUAUUAUUUUCGCCCCAAAUAUUAAACCUACAUUUUAUUACUUGACUGAAAAGUUUCAAAAUAGCACUUAAAAGCGUUUCAUAUGGAUUGUCAUGCUUGAACCGAUUCUAUAAUAAUAAUCCCCACUUUUACUAAAUUAAAAUUGCUUAUGUAUAUAGUUUCAUAGCAUAGCGUAUCAGUUACAAAAGAUCAAAUGAAUUGUGAUUAAUUAAUAUUUCAAUACUACUUCUACUUAUCUUGACCGAGUUCGAAUGUAGGUCUGGGGCGUCGAAAAGCAAUGUCAUCAGGUCAAAUCUUAGAAAUACCUUGAGUCGACAUAUAAUUCUCAUAAGAGUAGUGGGAAAAACACACAAAUAAAUUCUCUCCUGAUAGAGUUUCCGGAGCGCCAUUGUUCAUCGUGAGAAUAUCUUGCCCAUGUAUUAAUUUGGGUCAUAUGCGUCCGUCACUUAGGUCACACGAUCUUAGAAAAACAUUGUAACAACUUUAUUGACCACAUUUAUGACUCAAUUUUUAUGACACAUGGUAAGAAUGUUCAUAAUGGCGAUGUCUAGGUAAAGUUCGAAUCUGGGUCAUGCGCGUCCUAGGUCGCGAGGUCAUUUUUUGUUAGGGAAGCGUUAUUGCCACUCUACACGCGACAUAUUGACUUAAUCUUAAUGAAACUUAGAUUGUUUAUCUUUAUAAUAUUAAGGCAUGUUUUAAUCUGUGUAAAUUCAGAUAAAGCUUUUUAUCCCGGUCAAGCUUUGGAAAUACUUGUACCUUAAGCUCACGUGAGAAAUUCUGGACCAUCGGGAUCAUUUGGUUUGUUUUUUGUUAGGUAUAGAUGGUAAUAGUUGUAACGUUGUAACCGAAAAUCGUUCAGAUCUCAUUGAAAUUUGCGCUUGCCAGUCAAAAGUUAAGAUUCAGAUGCUGUUGUAAAGAUUGGUUCAAACUUCGUGGUUUUGAUCAACAUUAUUGGUUACAUUCAAAUUUAUUUAAUUUGGUGUUUGCUUUACAAAUUGCAUUUGAGAUAAGCUCAAACUAUGAAUAUCGAUCAAUAUAGAUAAUGAUUUGUUUACACAACUGUACAGUAUUAUGACGUUCUUCAAAAUAGUCUAGCUAGAUAAUGAGAGGUCGGAAGACCGCGAAUAGAUUAAUACGGAUUUUUUAGUAUGUCGACUUGUAUAGCACGGAUGGAUAAAACAAGUAUUUUAAAGCUCGAUGUCAGUGAUUUCGGCCAAUCCAACGACAUGGCAGAUGUGACGCUUAUAGUAGGAGACAUCCGAAUACCCGUCGUCAAAGCUGUACUAUCUAUGGCAUCUCCAGUAUUUCAAGAAAUGUUCAAGAAUGAGGUUAAAGAAAAGACUGCAACAGAAAUUCCACUACCGGGAAAAGAUGCAGAUUCAUUUAUCACGUUCCUACGUUGUUUUUAUCCCAAUCAGAAGGAACCUAUAACCGCAAAAAGUGCGCUUUCAACACUACCGUUGGCGUGUGAAUACCAGGUUUCAUGGCUGGCCGAUGUAUGCGAAAACCGUAUUUUGGAGGAAAUUCGCAAAUCAGAGAAAUCGACGACGACCUGCAAAAAAAUAUGCGAAUACCUUAAAUAUGCAGAAAUAUUUAAUCGUUCAAGGUUGGUUAACCUUUCCGUCGAUGUACUGUCGGAAUAUUCCCUAAACGAAAGAGACGAAGCUUUGAUCAUGCACAACAUAUCCGAGAACAAUAAAUGGAACAUCACAAGGUUGGCAUGUCGAAAACUGGAACUUUUUCAAACUGACACAAAGCAAUUGAUGGCAAAAUUAAGUCAGGAAAAAACUUUUAAUAAGGCUAUUGCUAAUAUUUUUAGUGCAUAUGGUUGUAGAAGUUCCUCGUAUGACAAUUCCAUAACUUGGGAACAUACGUAUAUUAAUAAUGAAUUAACUCCGGUACGAUGGCAAUUAGAUGCAAAACGAAUGGCUCAUGAAUUCGGUGUUCGCUUUGAUACAACAUUAAUAUUUGAUAAGAGGAAAUGUACUAUUCCUGAAAUUUUCAAUUGCGAAGAAUAUAAAGUUCUUCCAUAUGCUAUUAAAAUGCAGUUGGAAAGGGAAUUGUUAAACGGUUAAUUGGCGUGUCAUACUUAAACGAAGCGUAUGAUAAGUACAUUGCAAAAACUAAAGCGUUUCUGGAAAGCAAAUGACAACCACCAUGAACGCCGUGAACCCAAUAUUAAAUAUUAAAAGGGCCCUAAAUAUCUGAUUUCAGAAAAAUAAUGAUGACAUACAGUUGGAUAACAAAAUAGUUAAUGCAUUCUGAGAUAAAAAAAUUCUUUUAUAAAAUGGGCCCUGUUGGUUUGGAAUUUUUGAUUAUACCAUUCUGCGUAAUUAUUGCGAAUAGUCUGUACAUCCUAACGUUGGACAGGAUUAUUACUAAGCAUGAAAGCUCAGUGGGUUAAUGCGAUGCCUAUUGCCAUGGUUCUAUGUACUGAUUUCGAUACCCACUUGUUGUUUUCCUCCUUUUGCUAUUUUUUUUCGUCGUGUUUAAGGUAUAAAGUGCAUUUAAAUUGUUAAAGAUUGAAUUUCUGUUAAAGAUUGAUAUUUAUUUUUAAAUAUGUAAGAAAUAUACAACCAACAUUCGGAAGUACGUAUGCAUUUAUUUUAAUUAUGUUUCAGACAGUAAUUCAUGAGAAUCAUAAGCGAAAUGAAGCUUAAAUUGGUCAUGUGUGUUUACCAGUUUUCAAAAGGAAAAAUAUUGUGAGAUCAUGAUGAUACACUUAUAAUAAAAUAUGAAAUACAUGGUCUUAA